AUGAAUCUUGAGGAACUUCUCAUGAUGGAGUCAAAUCGCGACCGCGAGGAAAUCGUCGACCUCCGCGCUCUAGACUAUGUCUCCAGCUAUGAUGACCAUCUCAUGUGUGCAAUCUGCCAUUGUCCUUUCAUACGUCCGGUGCGCCUGCAGUGCGAUCAUGUCUUCUGCCAACGAUGUCUGAAUGUCGCCAUGACCAGUGUCGGAGGUAACCGGGAUGAAUUCAAGUGUCCAAGCUGUCGGUCUCCCACCAGAGACGCUUAUAUGAAUGUGCCUCGAUUGUUAAUCAACAUGUGCGAUGACAUCCGGGUGAAGUGCCCGUUUUCGGGCGAGGGGUGCAGUGAAAUCGUUCCGAGGGGGCACAUCCAAUCGCAUGUGGAUAAAUAUUGUGUCUAUAGGCUUAUGGACUGUCCGGAUCGGUCCUGUGGCAAGCAAACGAGAAAGAAAGAUCUCAGCCCUGAUCAGAGUUGCAUGCAUGAGCUCCACACAUGCUCGCGCUGUGAGAAGGAGGUCAUGGAACAAGACUUUAAGGUACCCUCUGUCUUCCGGAAAGCGUUGGAGGAACACAUCGAUUCCUGUCCCGAGGCAAUCCAUUCCUGUGCAGCGUCAAAAUAUGGAUGUCCCGUCAAGGUUAAACGGACUGAGCUCACAGCACAUGAGCAACAGUGCCCGCUGAUAACAAUGGGACCCUACCUCGAGGCCCAGAAUUCACGGCUUAACUCUCUGGAGUUGACCGUCAAACACCUACAACAACGCAACGAGAUAUAUGAAGACGGACUGGCCAAUAUCCGCACCUCCUUGACUGAUGCUUCUCAUUCCAUGUCUGGCCUUAGUAGGGAACCUCCAGCCAACUCGGGGCACCAGCCUGGACCAUCAAGUGUGCCAGAGGCAGAUGACCAACCCCUGGCGGAUCGUUCAAGUAUUUUCUCCUCAAACAGUGCCACAACGUAUCUCCUAGCCCUUCACGAGUCGCUGCGAGAAGAAGUCGGGCAAAUGUCGCAUGCCAUCUCUGACCUAGAUACACGUGCCAGCAUGGCAAUUAUGAACGAAUGCCUGCGCAUCAAAGAGGACAUGGCUCAUACAAACGCUGCUGUCAGCAGUAUCCGGAUGCAAGUGCAGUGGCUUAUGAACCCUCGUCUGCACCAGGCUCAACGAACCUCUAAUGUACGCGCGAAUGGCUCCGACGAAACCAGAACACCUGCUACUGCCACGGCUGGGCCAAGCAAUUCAGCUGGCCCAUCACCGGGUGCGCUGCGAUCCAGACGACUGAGCGAUAGUGGGCGAGAGGGUACCAAGCUAUAG